AAAAACAUCCCUCAGUUGCCUCCUACACGCUCCCUGACUGGGGAUUGAACCUGCAACCUUCCAGUUUACAGGAUGAUGCUCCAACCAAGGGAACCACACUGGCCAGGGCCACUCAGCACCUUUUAAUACUGAGCCAUUUGCUUCUUCAGAGGGAUUGCUGGGAGGACAGGACUCUGGUGGAGAAGGGGGAAUCCGGAGCGGGGAGCCUGGGCCCCCACGCCCCCUAGGCGUCCGCCCCGGCUCUGCCUCGGUGGAGACCUGCCUCCUGGGGACCUGCGGGUACGAAGCGGUGGCCAGGCCUCUGAUGUCAGGUGGGCAGGCCUGUGUUAUCAGAGAUGUUGGUCUUGGAUUAUAAGAGGUGUUUCUUGGUAGCAGGCCUGGUCCGUGCUUCCCUUUGCAGCCCUCUGCUGUGCAGGGGCGGGGCUUGCGGGGAAGGCAAUGCUGCCGUUCCACUAGCAGGUUUGCCGAGCACAGGACAUGGGGCCGGAGUCGAGUGUGGCCUGUGGCCGCAGGGAGCUUGUCCCGCUCUGUUCUGGGCUGUGACGAGGACACACAUCUGGGCUGGGUCAUCUGUGAGUGGCUCUGUGAGCUGGAAGGGGGCCUGCCCUGUCCCCUCCCGACACAGUGAGGAAACCAAGUCCCACCCCUCGGCGGUGGCAGCUCAGCCACCGGAACCCUUCCUAGACACAAGAACUGCAUUUAUAUUUAAAAUGUAGCCGUGUGCUGACAUUUGCCUUGUGUUUCCACCUUGAGCCACGAGUCAGAAAUUGAGCUCAUUCCGUUCUCAGGUGCUGCAUAGAGAGGCACCAUCACCCACUUGGAUGGCGACAGAGGUCAAGUCCCCCAGGGUUGGAAACGAACGGUGUGGGGGACAGAUGUCCGGGGAGGGGGUGGACUCGAGAGCAGGUGGGUGGCAGUGCUGGGCACGGCCGGUCCCCGUCCUGGGCCUGGUCCAGUUGGGUCCAUGUGGCUCCAAGUGCAUCCACCCUGGUCUCUGAGGGCCUCGCCUUGCAGCCUCAGACGAGGCCAGUGUAGUGAGCGCCCCCGUCUUCGCUUCCAGGGCAGCGUGCUGACCAGGCUCCUUUCACUUCCGUGACGUAAAGGGCACCACCUCCUCCAGAACGGGGCUUCUCACACUUGUGUGAGGACAAAGCCCCCAGGGACCCCACAGGUUCUGGUUCGGGUGGGAGGCCCGGGUGGGGCUCAGGAACCACGUUUCCGCCCGUCCCCGGAGCCCGCCAUGGUGGUGGUCUCUGUGCUGUCCCCCGUGAGGGACGGUUCUCUGUGGCUCUGAGGCGAGAGGACAGGAGAGAGAACUGGGCUGCAGGGGGAAGCCCUGGUGGCUGUGCCCUGGUCCUCAGGGGGCACUCUGUGGUUUUUAUCUGUGCAUCCGCUUUGCAUUUCAAGUCUCUCACUGCAGAGCAUGGGUUUGGGCCUGUUACCCAGUCCACGCCAUUCCCCGAGGGCCCUGAGGUUUCUGUCCCCAGGAAGUCACUGCUGCACCCCACACGCUGGUGUCCCCUGGGCCUUUCGGAGGGAGCUCCUGUCUUCACAGCCCCCAGCUUGCCCCUGGAGGGGGGUGAAUGACAGAGGGACAUAGGGAAACUACUUGACACUUUUUUUUUUUUUAAGAUUGUGUUUAUUUUAGAGAGAGGGGAAGGGAAGGGAAGGAGAAAGGGAGGCCAGGACACCGCCCCUUCCAACUCUGAUCGCUCAGGAAAACAACCUUGGGGUCUGGCUUCCUGCUCGGUCAUUGAGGGAUUUCAUUCAGAUUUCAUGUGCUUAUUUUAAUAGCAGGCACUCGUACAUCGACGUGAAGACCCCAGCUUAGGAAGACAGAGAAUGAGGUUUUGGGAGCGUCACGCAGCCGCAGUGGGGGGAGGGGUGGGCAGAGCCCGAGCUGCUUCUCUUCCCCGUGUCGGCCGCUGGGCUGAAGCACCAGGUUUCAGAACCUUCCCAGGGAAAAGUCACAUGUCUGUUCCUGGUCCGCGGCCAGAUCCCUUGCGGAUGUUUCCAGGCUCGUAGUUCUGAAACACUCAGAAGGAUCUGUGGAACCUACAGUUAUUUAUCAGUUUGGGAUGGUAGUCUAUUUUUUUUUUAAAUGAAAUAAACUUGAUUGCUUGACAUGAGAGAGACAGAGAAACACAUCAAUUUGUUGUUCUCACUGAUGCAUUCAUUUUGUCGUUGGUUCUUGUGUGCGCCCUGACUGGGGAGCGAACCCCCAGACUUGGGGUAUCAGGACGCUGCUCUGACCAGCUGAGCUACCCAGCAGGGGCCCUGUAGCCUUUGUUUUGUUCCCUCAAGAUGCUUCCAAUGUUCUUGCACUUUUCAUUGCUCGAGAAGGAAUUGCCUCAGACGCAGCUCGGAAAUCGAGAUUCCCUCCUGAGGUUCCAGAAGCAGAAGUCCCUCCACUCCCAGCAGCAGGCGGGCACCGUGCUUCCCUCCCUCUGGGGGCGAUUUCCCCAUCUGGACAGGCACUUGCCGUGCCUCUCGGUGGCCCCUGCUGGGCCUGGCCUUCAGGCGGAGAGCCCAGAGGUCACGUCCGAAGUGGGGGCUGAGCUGCUGUGUCUUCACACGUGGCGCUUGCAGAGAUGAGCGCCCAAUCGCCAGCUCAUGACGUACUGGCUGCAGGAGCUGCAGCAGAAGAGAUGGGAGUACUGCAACGGCCUGGACGGGGCGCAGCGGGCCAGCAGGACCUCCCCCACCCCGGGGGACGCCUCUAAGGGCCUCGUGGCCAGAGACAGCACAGGUGAGCCCAACACAGAUCCCCCCCGUCCACACCCAAACGCCUCUGCAGAGAAAGCCAGGAGCGUCCUAGCUGUGGAGACGGCCCCCGUGGAGCUGGUGGGGGAGCAGGCCGCCACGCAGCCGGCCCCCGGGCCCCCGAACUCCAUCAACUUCUCCCUGAAGCAGUGGGGCGUGGAGCUGAAAAACUCCAUGUCUUCUCUGCGGCCCGGAAGAGGGCAUGAGAGUCGGAAGAGUGUGUUUUACACCCACGAAGAGUGGGAGCUGCUGGACCCGAGCCCCAGGGACCUGGAGGAGUCCGCGGCCCAGGAGGAGCGGAGGAAGCAGCCGCCCGAGGGAAGCAAAGGGGUAACUGGCUCGGGAUUUCCCUUUGAUUUUGGACGUGUUCCCUACAAAGGAAGGCGCCCCCUGAGAGACAUGAUUGGCUCGUACAAAAGUCGUCACAGCAGCGGGGACCCUGCCCCUGAGGGGACGCCGGGCGGCGGAGCGGCCAGGCCGGCCUCCGAGGUGCAGCUGCAGGUGCAGAGCCAGCAGGAGGAGCUGGAGCGUUUGCAGAAAGACCUGUGCAGCCAGAAGGAGCUGGUGCGUCUGCUGCAGCAGACCGUGAGGUCCUCCCAGUAUGACAAGUACUUUGCCAGCAGCCGGCUCUGUGACGGCAUCCCCCAGGACACACUCGAGCUCCUGCACCAGAAGGAUGACCAGAUCCUGGGCCUCGCCGGCCAGCUGGAGAGGUGCGGCCUGGAGAAGGAGGGCCUGCGGCAGGAGCUGCGGACGCUGAAGGGCGCGGUGGGCGAGCUCAACGAGAAGCUGGGGAUGCUGAUGGAGACCAUCCAGGCCAAGGACGAGGUCAUCAUGAAGCUGUCACGGCAGCUCAGCGAGUGCGAGGACGGCGCGGCCUCCCCCACCCUGCCGCCUGCCUCUCCCACCACCACCCCUGCUGGCCGGGAUCAGCUGGAGCUGGACCGGCUGAAGGAUAACCUACAGGGGUACAAAACCCAAAAUAAGUUUCUAAAUAAGGAAAUCUUGGAACUCUCAGCACUGCGCAGGAAUGCGGAAAGGAGAGAGAGGGAUCUCCUGGCCAAGUACUCCAGCCUGGAAGCCAAGCUCUGCCAGAUAGAGAGCAAGUACCUGAUCCUGCUGCAGGAGGUGAAGACCCCCGUCUGCUCCGAGGAGCAGGGCCCUGCCCGCGACGUCAUCGCCCAGCUCCUGGAGGACGCGCUGCAGGUGGAGGGCGCGGAGCAGCCGGAGCAAGCCUUCGUCAAGCCUCACCUGGUCAGUGAGUACGACAUCUACGGGUUCAGGACGGUGCCGGAGGACGACGAGGAGGAGAAGCUGGUGGCCCGGGUGCGGGCGCUGGACCUGAAGAGCCUGCACCUGACAGAAGCGCAGGAGGUGUCCACCGGCGUCAAGUGGGAGAACUACCUGGCCAGCACGGUGAACCGCGAGAUGGCGCGCUCGCCGGAGCUGAAGAGCCUGAUCCGCGCCGGCAUCCCGCACGGACACCGCUCCGCCGUGUGGAAGUGGUGCGUCGACCUGCACACCCGCAAGUUCAAGGACCGCGCGCCGCCCGGCUACUUCCAGGCCCUGCUGCAGAAGGCGCUGGAGAAGCAGAACCCGGCCUCCAAGCAGAUCGAGCUGGACCUGCUGCGGACGCUGCCGAACAACAAGCACUACUCCUGCCCCACCUCUGAGGGCAUCCAGAAGCUGCGCAACGUGCUGCUGGCCUUCUCCUGGCGGAACCCGGACAUCGGCUACUGCCAGGGCCUCAACAGGCUGGUGGCCGUGGCCCUGCUGUACCUGGAACAGGAGGACGCCUUCUGGUGCCUGGUCACCAUCGUGGAGGUCUUCAUGCCCCGGGACUAUUACACAAAGACACUCCUGGGGUCCCAGGUGGACCAGCGGGUGUUCCGCGACCUCAUGAGCGAGAAGCUGCCGCGGCUGCACGCACACCUGGAGCAGCACAAGGUGGACUACACCCUCAUCACCUUCAACUGGUUCCUGGUGGUCUUCGUGGACAGCGUCGUCAGCGACAUCCUCUUCAAGAUCUGGGACUCCUUCCUGUACGAGGGACCGAAGGUCAUUUUCCGUUUUGCCCUCGCACUUUUCAAGUACAAGGAAGAGGAGAUCCUGAAACUGCAAGACUCCAUGUCCAUGUUCAAGUACCUGCGCUACUUCACACGCACGGUCCUGGACUCCCGGAAGCUGAUCGCCAUCUCCUUUGGGGACCUGAACCCCUUCCGCCUGCGCCAGAUACGCAACCGGCGCGCCUACCACCUGGAGAAGGUGCGGCUGGAGCUGACGGAGCUGGAGGCAAUCCGGGAGGACUUCCUGCGCGAGCGGGACGCCAGCCCCGACAAAGGCACGCUGGUCAGCGACGAGGAGGAGGACACCUGAGCGGCCUGCCCUGCACCCAGGGGUGACCUACAGACAGAACGUCUCUGCCGUGGUCUGCCGGGCAGCUGGCCAGCGCACACCGCAGCCUCCGCUGCUCUCGGCCGGCGGGCUGGCUCUCAUCGGUUUACGGCCGCCUUCCUGCCGUUCAGUCCCAGGGACCCGGCGGCCACUGCACCGAUUGGCCGUGGGGGGUCCGAGCCCUGAGGAAGCCCCAGGCGGGCCGCCUCCUGUGCUGCGAGUCCUCUUCCCACGGGCCACUGGCAUUUUCCGGGGACCCCCACUGGGAAGGACUCCCGGUGCUCAGACGCCCAGGCCGGAGUGUGGCCGCCCCUGUGGCCUGCAGUCAGUGCAAAGGAAGCGAAUUUCUAGGAAAAGCAAGCACGUUGCUGUUCAGAACCGGCCCAUAGACAUCGCCCCAGCCUGCAGGUGGCCUCACGCGGCCCCCAGCUGCCUGGCCCCUGGCACCACACGAGGUCCUGCAGGAAGCUCUCCAUCCGUCCGUCUGAGCCACGGCUCUCAGGGCGUCUCCAGCACAGACAGGACGGGGUCCCGGGGAGGCUGGCUCAGCGUCCUGCCAGCCAGGCCUGCCCCCAGCAGCCUUGGUCACCGGGGAGGCAGCGGUGCCUCUGCUGAGGGAGCAAGCAGCAUCUGUGGCUUCCUCCAUAGCAGCCAGUGUGCCCGCUGUGUCCUCCAUCUGGCUGGGGCCCCGAGCCCGUGCUGGGAAGUGCCUCUGCUUGGGGCUGCAGCCUUGGGGACCCCCCACCUUCCCCGGACCCACCUCAGCCCAGAGGUCCUGAGACCCGAGAGCCACCUCCCUGAAGCCCCGAGUCUUUGCACAAGGAAGGGGGUUCCACUCCAUCUUCCUGCCAACAGUCACUGCGACGUGCAUCGUCGUUCAAAUAGGAAAGAAGCCGUUUCUCAUGGAGCCCUUUACACAGCCUGGAAGGAGCUGGAAUUGCCUCUGGUUGGCAGACACCGAACACGCUCCGGCUGAGUGUGGAGCCCGUGCCCUUUGAGUUCGGUCAGCCUCGCAGUGGCCGCCGCCACAGCGUGCAGGACAGGGCUCAGCCUCUGACUUCUGUCAGCUGCCUCGUUGGAUUUCUCACUGUGUGCAGGAAGCUGGUCUCUGUAUUUAGCCAAAAAAAAAAAAAAACCAACCUCAGUGUCUUGUCAGGUGUCAGCGAUGGGUCCCCAUCCUUGGUGUCUCGGGGCAGGUGCUUGAGCUCCAGCUUCCGCAGGAAGUUGUCUUGCAGGUCGGGUCCUGGGAGGAGGCCGGGCCGCGCCCCUCCCUGCCCCAGGACCCAGGGCUGCUGCGGCUCCUGCUCCCGCCUCCCAGGCAGCUGUUAGCCUGGGGGUGCUGUGGGCAUGGGGUGCAGCUUCCUUCCUACUCAACUCCCAAGUUCAUUUCCCCCGGAACUCCCGUCCUGGGGCGAAGCACCGCCUUUAGGAAUAGGCUGGUGUUGCCCCUUUGGCCCUGAAAAGACGCAUCUUCGAAGCACCUGAAGUGACUUCGGGGCCCGAGGUUUCAGCCGUUGUGGCAGUGGCGAUGUCACAGUGGCCUGGCCGUGGGCGUGCGAGCACAGCGGGUGGACGGCCUGCUCUGUGGGGAAGGGGUGGGAGGAGCUGUCCCGAAUCCACGUGGGGACCCGCUGGCGCCGAUGCGCCCCUCCAGAACUACAGGUCCAGUUCCACUGUCUGAGCCACCACAGCCUCCUGGGGCAGCUGGGACCAGGCGGGGCGGCCUCCACGGCUGCCCUUCAGGUGCCAACUCUGUGUUGCUGGGCUUUCUUUUUUAUGGGUCAAACAUCCGUGGAUACCUUUGUAUAGUUCACUACAGUUUAUAUUUUUAUAGCCUAUUUUUAUCAAGGUUUCUCAAGUUCAUAUGCCUGUAUUUUGUAUAACAAGUUCUUCCGUGUGCGAGGCUCCCUCGUGUGUAUUUAUGUGACCCUGAACCUCCCAGGGGCUCUGCAUGCUGGGCCCCCUCCUCACCCCAGGUCGCGACCUAGGGUCCUGCUGACGGCUGUCCCGCAGCAGCCAGGACCGCGGUCCCCAGGGAGACUGUGAUCUCGACUACAUUGUAUGGACGUGGGAAGUGUCGCAGGCAAACAGCCGUUCAGGUUCUGCCUGACGCAGAGUCUGGGUCGCCCCUGACACCCUGCCCUCCUGUGCGGCGGCCGGGAGUCAGGAUGCGGCUCUGCCUACUCACUCCUGAUUUUCCAUCACGGCAGCCUUCGUGCUUGCCUCCCUGUUCAGCCCUGGAACUGCCCUGUUAAAAGGUAAAAUAAACUAAUUUGUAUGACA